AUGGCCACCCCCUCGCGCACGAAAGAGGCGGCAACAUCCUCGCUGGCGCUGCGACAUGGCGUGGAGGAGGAGGCGGCGGCGGAGGGACAAGGGCCUCCUGAUGGAGGCCUCAAGGCGUGGAUGGUGGUCGCGGGUGGUUUCCUCACGUACUUUGUGACUUUUGGGCUCCUCAACUCCUUCGGCACGUUCCAAGCCUACUACGGGACGCAUGUCCUCCCCGAGCGCAGCGCCAGCGCCAUCUCGUGGAUCGGGUCCGUCCAGCUCUUCCUGCUCUUCAUCGGGGGCCUGGUCUUUGGGCCCCUAUUCGACACCAAGGGCGCCCGGGUGCUCCUCGUCCCCGGGACCGUCGCGCUCGCGCUCGCGCUGAUGCUCAUGAGCGUCUGCCGGCAAUACUACCAGUUCAUCCUGACGCAGAGCCUCCUGCUGGGCGUGGGCGUGGCCAUGCUCUUCUACCCAACCAUCUCGGCCAUCCCGCACUGGUUCCACCGGCGUCGUGGGCUGGCCAUGGGCGUCGUUGUCUCGGGGUCGUCCCUCGGUGGCAUGGCCUGGCCGCUGCUCCUCGACCGUCUCUUUGGGGCCGUCGGGUUCGGCUGGACGCUGCGCAUUGUGGGGUUCAUAUCGCUGGCCCUGCUGGCGCCGGCCUGCGUGUUCAUCGUGCCCCGACUGCCCCCAAGACGCCGCGGCGACGUGCCCAAGGCGGAGAUGCGCGCCGUCCUCCAGGACACCACGUUCUGGCUCCUCGUCACCGGCAUGCUCCUCGUCAUGUGGGGCAUGUUCAUCCCGCUCUACUACCUGCCGCUGUACGGAAUGCACCUCGGGCUGGGGGCCACCUUUUCCAACGACCUGCUCACCAUCCUCAACGCCGGCUCGCUCGUGGGCCGCGUCCUGUCGGGCGCGCUCGCAGACAAGAUUGGCAGCUUCAACACGGCCAUACUCUGCUCGCUCCUGUCGGGCAUCGUCCUGCUCUGUCUGCACGCCAUGCGCACCAAGGCCGCCGUCCUCGCCUUUGCCGUGCUGUACGGCCUGUUCUCGGGCGGCCUCAUCUCCCUCCAGACGGCCUGCGUCGCCCAGAUCACGGACAACAUGCAGCUGAUCGGCGUCAAGAUUGGCCUCAUGAUGGCCGUGUGCUCCAUCGGGGCCCUGACCGGCAGCCCCAUUGGCGGCGCGCUGGUGGCGGCCAACGGGGGCGAGUUCUACGGCCUCAUCAGCUUUGCGGGCGGCAUCCUGCUCGCAGGGACCGCCAUCCUGGGCUCGUCAAGAUGGACCAUGGGCCGCCGGCUACCCGGCGCCGUCGCAGCGGACGGGCUGUACGACUGUGUCGCCGGGGUCCUCGGGGACACUGCGUCGCAGCGCAUCGUCCGCCCCCAGGAUGCCACGUACCUUGACGCACGCCUGGGCGAGGCCAUUCAGUACGACGAGUUACCCCUUUUGAUCAGCUACGCAGAGAGCGCCUCCGAGGUCGGUUCCCUCGUGCAGUGCGCGCAGGCGGCGGGUGUCAAGGCCGUGCCGCGCUCGGGGGGCCACAGCUUCACGGCCUUUUCGGCCCUCAACGGGACGCUCGUCGUCGACAUUGCGCACUUGAACGACGUGGUCGUCUCGGACGACGGCCAGUCGGCGAGGGUGGGCGCGGGCAUCCGUCUGGGCGCCCUCUACACCGCGCUCGCGAUGGAGGAAGAGCACGACGUGUCCUUUGUCGGCGGCAUCUGUCCCACCGUCGGCCUGGCCGGCUUCCUGGGCUCGGGCGGGUUCAACAUGCAGCAGCGAUCGCAGGGGCUCGCCGUCGACCACGUCCUGGCGGCGCGCGUCGUGCUGGCCGACGGGCGCACCGUCGUGGCCUCGUCGUGCUCGCACCCCGACCUGUUCUGGGCCCUCCGCGGCGGCGGCGGCGGCACGUUUGGCAUCGUCGUCGAGUUCACCCUCGCCCUCACCAGGAUCCCCCGCUCCGCCAUGCUGCUCAUGACCUGGAGCAACGACACGGCCUCCCGCUUCCCCGUGGCCAGGCGGUUCCUCGACUGGGCGCCCCGGCAGGAGCCGUCCUUUAUGGCGCAGCUCAACAUCUACCGCGACACGGUCUCGUUGCAGGCCAUGCACUACGGCGCGUCCCGGGCGGCGCUCCAGGACCUCGUGGACCGCUCGGGGCUCGCCGACAUGGGCAGGCCCGAGGUCAUCGUGGCGGGCGGCUGCAGCGCCCACAACGCGCGCCUCUUUGGGUACACGGUCUUUGACUGCGUCCCCGACAACGAGUUGGACGCAUCCAUCCUCAACGUCGCGCCCGACCCCUUUAGCCCGGUGGGCGACCACCCCUGGUUCCAAUACGACGAGGCGCCCAAGUCGGAUGCCAUCCCGCCGGCGGCCCCCUGGGAGCGCUUCCACCGGCUGAGCAAGUCCUUCUUUGUGGACAAGGAGGCACCCUUGCCGGACGAUGUUGUCCAGGGCCUCGUCGACCGCGUGGCGGCCGCCGACGAGGCGAGCGAGGUCUGGGCCGAGUGGCAUGCGUGGAACAUCUCCGACGCGGCCGCGUCCUCCCCCAACGCCUUCCCCUGGCGGGACCGGGCCUACGCCCACCUCGAGUUCCAGAUGCACGGGUCCGAGGACGAGGCGCGACAAGCCACCUACGAGGCCUGGUUCGCCGAGCUCGAGUCGUACCUGCGUCCGUCCGUGGGCCCGGCCAGCUACUCAGGCUACAUGGACGCGGACAUUUCGACGGAGCCGCUGACCUCGUACUACGGAGACAGCGUCUGCCGGCUGAUAGAGGUCAAGAAGGCAUACGACCCGGACGAGUUCUUUACCAAUCCCUUUUCGAUCCCGGCGUCCCCGCCCGAGGGCAUGUACUGCUGA